AUGGCGACAGUCAACGGCGACAAGAAAACCCGCAAAUCCUACCUCCUCUCCGUCACCCCCGUCGACUACUCCCUCACAGCAGGCACCAACAUCCCGGCGCCCCCACAGUCUCCUACCAAACACUCACCAGUCGAACCACCCACACCAGGUGGAGGACCCUUGACAUCACACCCCUCGCAUCCAGUCACACCAUCCGGCGAAGACACAUCAGAACCAGACUACAGCGUCAUGUCCGAAGCAACGAACCCCAACCGAGACCGCACGGAUAGCUUGCGCACCACAACCUCCCCCACCUCCGCCGCCCAACACUCCUCAUCACCCCAAGAUCCGCGCCGAGCAGGAGGCGUGCGCCGACUCUUCAGCCUCACCAACCUCCGCAGCUCCUUCAGCAGCUCACGAACCUCCCUCAGCCUCCCCCGCCAAUCCCACGACAUCCAACCCCAGCAGAACGGCGUCAAGCGGCCCUCCUCACCCAGCGUGGCCUCUACAAUGGCCCCGUCCACCAUCGAGCCGAGACCGCAGCUACGGCAGAAGAAGUCAGGCGGGAAUUGGUUCAAACGCAAGAGCAGCAUGUUUUUGAACGGCGAGCUGGAGGCGGUGAACGAGAGUCCGAGGCAGCAGGAGGCGAGGCAGGAGACGAGGCCGGAUACGAGGGAGAGUAAGCGGGUGAAGGAGAAUGGGCCACCGCCUCCUUUGCUACCCGAGAUCGGGUCGUUGAGGGGUGGGAAGGUUAGUGGGGAUAUGGGGUGGGAUGAGCAGGCUUUCAGGAGAUGA